UUUGAAUGAGGAAGAGACAAAAACAUUAAAGCUACAACACGUGGUGACUACUUUUUUUUCUGCAAUCUCUUACAGGAAGAUUAAGGUGCACUGUGCAGAGCCAUUUACUGAGUACUGGACGUGCAUUGACUAUACCAACUUGCAGGAGCUCCGUCGAUGCCGAAAGCAGCAGGCAGUAUUUGAUAACUGUGUGCUGGAGAAGUUGGGUUGGGUGAGACCUGAUCUGGGACAGCUCUCUAAGGUUACGAAAGUGAAGACAGACCGUCCUUUGCCUGAGAAUCCCUAUCACUCUAGAGCUAGACCAGAGCCAAAUCCACCCAUUGAAGGAGAGCUGAAGCCUUCCCCGUUUGGCAGUAGGCUCUUUUUCUGGCCCUGGUAAAGGGUGCAGACUGAGCUGUAACUCAAGAGCAAAGAUGUAUUGCGUGCAAAUGUAAAUUGUCCAGUAUGUGUUGGGUAUGACUUUAAUGAUUAAAGAACCCCACACUGUCAUGGCUUAGCAGACUUCUUU